AUUUUUAAACCAGCCUUAAGUUUCGUAAAGAUAUACGCCAUUUUCUUGAUAUCUUUGUAGAGCGUGGUAGAGCUAAGCGUUUGCUGUCAAUUAAACUUAAUUUGUCAUUCUUUCUUAUUUAUAAAUCAGCACCACAAAGUCUUUAUUUUAGACUGAAAUCAUGUCGAAUGGAAGUGGAGACCAUGAUGAUGAAGGCUUUGUUGUUAAAUUACGUGGAUUACCAUGGUCAACUACUGUUGAUGAAAUCAUGAAAUUCUUUAGCGAUUGUUCUAUUACAAAUGGUAAAAAUGGUGUUCAUAUGACAAUGUCACGAGAAGGCCGUCCAAGUGGAGAGGCAUAUGUAGAAAUGGACACAUUGGAAGAUAUUCAGAAAGCUUGCAAAAGGGAUAGGGAUCAUAUGGGUCAUCGUUAUAUUGAAGUUUUUAAAGCAAAAAGAGGUGAAAUGGAAUGGGUUGUGAAGAGAAGUGGUAUGAACCUAGAAAAUGCUAUGGAUGAUGGUUGUGUGAGACUACGUGGUCUACCAUUUGGCUGUUCCAAAGAAGAAAUAGCACAGUUCUUCUCAGGGUUGGAGAUAUUGCCGAACGGGAUUUCACUACCGACAGACUACACGGGCCGCAGUACUGGGGAGGCUUACGUUCAGUUUGUUAACAAAGAUGUUGCGGAGCGCGCUCUGCAGAAACACAAGGAAAAGAUAGGACACAGAUACAUCGAAAUCUUCCGAAGCACUUUGUCCGAAGUGCGCGCUAGUAUUGGACCGAAAAUGCGAGGUGGACCAAUGGGUGGUUUCAAUCAAAGACCUGCUCCAUAUGAUCGAGGUGCACGUUUCGGUGGGAUGAACCGUUUUAGUAAUAAUAGCAGAGGUUCAAGAAAUAGAGAUUUUGAUGGUGGUCCAUGGGGAAGUGGUAGUAAUUUCGAUUCACGGGGAGGAAAUAUGGGAAUGAGAGGUGGUUUGGAUAUGAAAGGCGGAAAUUUCAGAGGCAGCGGUGAUACAUGGGGUGGUAAUUCCGGUAUCCACAGUAUACAUAUGCGUGGAUUACCAUUUAAAGCUACUGAACAAGACAUAGCUGAUUUCUUUAGACCUAUUGAACCAGUAAAUGUCCGAAUUAUUCUUGAAAACGGCGGACGUCCUUCUGGAGAAGCAGAUGUAGAGUUUGCAACUCAUGAGGAGGCUGUUAAAGCUAUGUCCAAGGAUAAAAGCCAUAUGUCUCAUAGGUACAUUGAAUUAUUCUUAAAUUCAACUGGUGGUUCAAGUGGAAUGUCGCUAGGUGGCAUUGGAAAUUUCUGUGGAGGUUUGGGUAAUAACUUCAGGCCGGGAUAUUCUCCAAACAGAGGUUUCAGCUCUCAACUAGGAGGAAGUAAUUAUAAUAGUUUUUGAGGCUGGAUGUCGCGUUUCUUACGCUACCGACGAUAAAACGUUUCAUAAAUCAAAGUUUUAACAUACUGAAUUUUGUGAACAGUGAAAUUUCGUUUCCAUAUUGCGUUCAGUUGAAAAUUGAUUAUAGCCAUUACAUUAUGUUUUAUGAUUUACA